AUGGCGGCAUCACUAUUAACACCAGUACUCCCUUCACUCUCUCUUAUUUCUAAUCCCAUAUCCACCUCUCUCAAAAGCUCCGUCUCUUUCUCCCUUCCCACCUCCCUCGCCAAGAUUGGUGGAAUGAGCAUAAAGUGCGUUCGUGUGGGUGGAGUGGAGAUCCCCAACAACAAGAGAGUAGAGUACUCGCUGCAGUACAUUCAUGGGGUUGGUCGCACUCGAGCCAAACAGAUACUGGUUGAUUUAAGCAUGGAGAACAAGAUCACUAAGGACUUAUCUGAAGAGGAACUCACCACUCUUCGUGAGGAAGUUUCCAAGUACAUGAUUGAAGGAGACCUUAGGAGAUUCAAUGCUCUUGCCAUUAGAAGGUUGAAGGAGAUACAAUGCUACAGAGGUGUUAGACAUAUUCAGGGAUUGCCAUGCAGAGGACAGAGGACUAAGAACAAUUGCAGAACCUUGAAAGGAAAGAGGGUUGCUAUUCCCGGGAAAAAGAAGCGUUAG